AUGGAAGAGAGAAACGCGGAGGUUUACCUGGGAAGCCCCAGCAAGAUGCAAGAACUCUCUGAAAAAAUAUACGCCGUUUUGCUUGAGCUGGACUACAGCAGGCCAACUUCAGAGCAUCUUUUUGCAUUUGGCGAAAAAUUUGACCAUAUGGACUUUCAGGUCGUUGUAGUUGAACCUGAAGUAGAGGCAAUUUUAAACUGGGACGAUGAGGAUGGAUCUUUUGGGGUAUUUCAUAGGGAGGAGUACACGGAGAGCCAGCUGCGGGAAAUACGGUUUUCCUGCAUGAACAUCACCAUGGCUGCAUCCCAUAUGAAGGAGGCUCUGAAAAGUUUUGUGCUGAACGAGAGCGGAGAGGUCUACGCCCAAGCAAAGGCCCUUGCAGGGGAGAGGGGAGACCAUGCAGAUGCGGCUCUGGCGGAAAGAAAGGCUGCAGUGAUUGGCAGCCUGCGGGCGGAGAUACAAAGGGUGUUCAUCGACUACUGCGACAGGAACCACAAAACUCCUAUUAUUCAAGCCGAGUGCGUGGAGGUAGGAGAAGUUUUUUCUACGGUUUUGAGCAGUAGUGAAAAUGAAAAUCCACCUGUCCCCGCAGAAGAAGCAGUUCAGGUAGAAGAAACAGUUCAGGCAGAAAAGCAUGCAGUGCGUGCUGAAAGUGUCCAAGACAGCUCUGAGGGUACCCUGAAAGAGCGCCCCGAAGCGCGAACAUACGCAGAUGUUGUGCAGGGGAUUAUGCGCAUGCGCCGCUACAAGGAGAGUCUUGCAGCGAAGGCUCUUGCAGAAAAGCUUUCAAAGGCGCCGCAGAGUGUGGCUGCAGAGUGCUCUUCCCCCGUGCACGAGGAAGAAGCUGCUGAGGCGAUGCUUUCAGAAAAUUCAUGCGAGUCCGAGGAGAGUGCGGAUGAGGAAAGCCUGAAAAGUCAAGAAUUUGCGGAUGUAAGUCCAUUAGAAGAAACAGACCAUGUUCAGGAGGAG